AUGCCUCCCAAGAUCGUCCUCAAACGGGGCCUAAAUCGAGUGCCCACGGGUGGCAAGUCUAUCAAGGCGCCGAAGAAGGGCCCCAAGAAGGCGCCCAAGUCUUCUAAGCAGCGACGUGCAUCCUCCUCCUCCUUGUCAUCCGCGUCGCUCGACCUUUCCGACGAUGAAGGUUAUUCCGGCGUGGAGGACGUAAGUGACUCAGACGACGACGAGGAAAAUGUAUUUGCGGCCGAGGAGGAGCACAUACUCUCCAACGCGAGGCAGCAUGCUGCCCCGCCACGCUCCCCUCGGCCGACCUCUUCUGACGAGGACGAAGCCGCCGCUGAUGCGGAUGAUGAUGAUGACACAGAUGACAAUGAGCACGAUAACGAGCAAGUGGUCGAAUCUAUGGAUGAAGACGGUGAUGAUACUAGCAGUGUAAGCUGGAAUGGCUUCACGUCUGAGAAUGACGAGGCCGCCCCAGCCCAAGGACACACUGCCGAGCCAGUCAGUACAACUCCUGUUGAACGUCAUGUCCGCUUUGCGGGCGUCCCCGACUCAGAGUCGGACUCUGACGAGACCGAGGAGGAUGUCGAUGACUUCUUCCCGGACAUUUUCAUUGCUCAGGACUCGCUCGACUCUGGGUUUCGCCGGGAGAUUGAGCAGGAUGAUGACGAUGAUUCGUCAGUCUCUGCCACGUACUGGGACUACUCCGGCGCCGCUGGCGUGCCAGACGACUCGGAUGACGACCCAUACGGGAUCGACGAGGAGUAUCCCAAUAUAUUCGGGAGCAACAACGUGAACGAGUCCAACGACGCCACACACUCAAAGGUUCCUGUUCUUCCGUUGCCCGAGGAAGAUGACGAAUCAGACGGAUAUGAGUCCGAUGGUGAGACGACUGAAGAGGACGAGCCUGAGCCAGUACCUCGUAAGAAGCUGAUUCCGAUUUUGCGUGAUACGUCCGGAGAGCGCUCUGAUUCAGAGAGGUCUGAAGGCGGUACACCCCGGCCAAUCAAGAGGUCGAUCAAGAAGCCAAUUGUUGUCAUGAAUCCCGUCACCCGAAAAAUGAUGGUAAUCACUCCACAGAAGAAGAAGCGUCGUUUCGACGUGAUCCUCGAUCCGGCGCAAUUCCAGCCAGACUACUUUACGUUUCCCAACUCCACCCAGACUUCCCCAAUCAUGGGCAACCCCGGCUCGCUCAUGAUGAGCGCCAUGUCGUCUGCCAACUUCUUUGCUGGCGGCAUGAUGGAUUUCCAGACUGUCGGGCCGGCCGAGGCUUUCUUCCCGUCGGGUGCUGAACCGUACAUGGGAGACGACAGUGAGGAUUCUUGGCUGGUGGAUGCUGAGCAGGACGACGAGGAUGCCGAGGAAAGAAACCUGAACAUCGAAGACUUUCUCGAUUUCGGCGAUGUGGGAUCAGACGGAGAGGAUCAGGCUGACAAGUCUGAUGAUGGAAAUACCGACGCAACGCCUUCGCGUCGCAGUUCCAUGGCUCCCAGCGCACUCAGCGAUUCCAACAACGAUGUCCAUCCACUUCUCAGCCACCUGACCAACAACGCGGAUGCCGUUGGCGCCUUCCGUCGCAACCAGGUCAACCAGCAGCUGAUUCUGAACGGGCAAGCAACGCAGGAGUCUCUUGCAUUCUCAAAUCCGCUAUAUCAUGGUACUUUACGUGGUAUCAAGCACGGCAGUCUUGGAGGCGCAGCUACUCCUCUGACACCGGAGCGUCGUCACAAGAAAGCACUGGCCAAGAGUCCCUCCGAGGCUGUUAUGCAAAAGCGCAAGGCUUCUGGUCCAGCCUCCGACAUGUCUCAAGCCCAUAAGAGGCAGCGGAGCAUUUCGGACGUCAGGACGAUGCACCUCUGA